AUGUCUACAAGCACAAAUGAAGAAAAAAUAGAAGAUAAAGUUAAUAAUAACGAAAAAGCAAACCCCGUCGAAGAUGAGCUUAAUAACAAAUUGAAAAAUCGUCUACGUAGUUACAUUAAAAAACUAGAAGAAACUAAUGCAAUUACAACAAAAGAAGAAAGCGAGAAAAUUGAAGUUGAAACAUUCAAGCAGCUGUAUAAACCAAAACUGGAAGGCAAUCAAGAGUCAUACAAAAAAAUACCUAAAUUUUACUUCAAACUGCCACGGACAGAUGAAGUGCUAGCACAAAAACUUAGGGAGGAAACUAGAGCUCAGUUUCUUCAAAAGAAAAGCAAAGAACUAUUAGAUAACAGCGAGCUCAAGCAUUUAUGGAGUCUAUUAGAGAAAUCUAAUGAAAAGAUUAGAGAUGAGGCUGGGCCUAAAUAUAGGCCUUAUUUCACAGCAGAAGUGUUUGGUCGCUUACAAGCUGCUGAAGGUGGUGUAGGCAAAGUCCGAGGUGUUUCACUUUUCAAUUACGUUAUGAGAAGGGUGUGGCUGCAGCAGACAAGGAUUGGGCUUUCAUUAUAUGAUGUUACUGGACAAGGAUAUCUUACUGAACAUGAUUUAGAAAGCUAUAUUGCAGAACUGGUGCCGUCUCUGGCAGCUUUAGAUGGCUUAGACUCAUCGUUUAGCUCUUUCUAUGUGUGUACCGCAGCUAGGAAGUUCUUAUUCUUUCUUGACCCACUGAGAGUUGGACGUGUGAGAAUUCGGGAUGUCCUGUCAUGUUCAUUCUUAGAUGACUUACUUGAGCUGCGCGAGGAAGACCUGCCCAUGGAAUUGCAAGAACAGAACUGGUUCAGCGCAGCGUCCGCUUUGCGCGUCUAUGGACAGUAUUUGAACUUGGAUAGAGACCACAACGGCAUGCUGAGCAUAAAUGAGCUGGCCGGCUACGGAUCUGGUACGCUGACGCGCGCGUUCCUGCAACGAGUGUUCCAGCAAUGUCUGACCUACGACGGCGAAAUGGACUACAAGACCUACCUCGACCUGGUACUGGCCCUGGAGAACAGGAAGCAACCGGCCGCGCUCGCCUACCUGUUCAGGGUGCUCGACAUCAACUCACAGGGAUACCUGGACGCCUUCACGCUGAACUAUUUCUUCAAGGCUAUCCAGGAGCAGAUGGUCGCGCACGGCGCCGACCCGGUCAACUUCGAGGACGUGAAGGACGAGAUCUUCGACAUGGUGCGGCCCGAGCACCCAGCGCGCAUCACGCUGCAGGACCUGGUGCGCAGCGGGCACGGCCACACCGCCGUCUCCAUCCUGCUCGAGCUGCAUGGCUUCUGGGCUGCAGCGACGCCCGACAGUGCAACGCCGCCGGACAGUGCAACGCCGCCGGACAGUGCAGCGACGCCUGACAGUGCAACGCCGCCCGACAGUGCCACGCCGCCGGACAGUGCAACGCCGCCUGACUGCGCAACGCCGCCUGACAGCGCAACGCCGCCUGACAGCGCAACGCCGCCUAACAGCGCAACGCCGCCUGACAGCGCAACGCCGCCUGACAACGCAACGCCGCCUGACAGCGCAACGCCGCCUAACAGCGCAACGCCGCCUGACAGCGCAACGCCGCCUGACAGCGCAACGCCGCCUAACAACGCAACGCCGCUUGACAGCGGAUGCGCUGCGGCUUGGCUUGGACGUGGCAGCGCUGUGACCACUCCGACGAGAAGCGGG